AUGGAGAAUGGUUCAAGAUAUGGAUCUCUUGAAAUUAUUCGAUUUCUUCAUGAAAAUAGAACUGAAGGGUGUUCAGAGUAUGGAAUGAAUGUUUCUGCUUUUAAUGGAUUUUUAGAUAUUCUAAAAUACAAACAUUACAAUAAAAUUGGUGGAUGUUCAAAGCCUGCUAUGGAUAAUGCUACCGGUUUUGGACACUUUGAAAUUUUACAGUUUCUCCACUAUAAUAGGAGUGAAGGUUGUAGUGGAAGAGCUAUGGACAAUGCUUGUUCCAAUGGUCAUUUACAUAUUGCAAAGUUUUUGCAUGAAAAUAGAACUGAAGGAUGUUCAAAAAGAGCAAUGGAUAUGGCAAUUCACAAUGGUGAUUUGGAAUGCGUUAAGUUCCUCCAUUUCAAUAGAACAGAAGGUUGUUCAAAAGAUAACAGAACGUUGCACAAAGAAUACUAUAUAUCAAAUUCUAAAAUCAAAACACGUCAAUCUUGA